AUGUCUGUCCCUGCUAGACCUUCCUGCCACAAGUUUACUGGCAUGCAGGACGCUUCUGAAUGGAUGGAAGAUUUUAGCUGCGCACUUGAUGCCGCCAGCAUUGCAAUAGCCUCCUGCCAUAUAUGCUUUAGCCGCUCUCUCACAGGCACUGCAUUACAGUGGUUUUUUGACUUACCAUACAAUGAGAAGCUUUCUUGGCAAAAGCUCAAAUCUGCAUUUUUGACCAGAUGGUCCCGCAACUUUCCGCAUACCACACCUGCAGUAAUUGCUACACCUCUCAACACCUCCUCCUCUGUCUAUUCUGAGCACUCCACACAAGAUCUCACAAGGGAACAGAAGGCUGCGCUCAUACAAGCUGGAACUAUGGUUGCCCCCAUCCAUCUUUACAGAGACCACAGCUUCCAGACCACCUCUGUCGCAGUGAAGACUUACAUAACAUGCAGUACACAAACUGAGACACUAUACACUGUCAGUCCACGACCAGCACCUACUAAUGGCACGAGCCCUGCUCAGUCAUUUAACUGGGCAGAUGACGUUGAUUCAACUGUUCUGUCCACAUUCCCCACUCAACCAACACUUCCAUCACAACAACCAUAUAAGUUUUCUGUUCUAUGGAGCUCAAACACCAACCCAUGGUCUAGUCUUCAGUGCCAUCACUGUCGGUCAUCAGAUCAAUGCAGUCACAGCUUCCCACAGCGAGCACAGCCCCAGCCUGACUUUGAACUGCCCAAGGUAGCACUGGCAGUUGCAGCAUCAGACAACAUGCUCAUCAAACCCUCUGUAAAUUUCACUGCAGCAUCAGCAACUGUUGACUUUGUUGCAUCCCCACCAUGUCCAGCGCUCGAAAUACCUGGUGCACAAACUCACAUUGUGUCACUGGAUUGGGAACAAGAUCCACGUCUUCGAGAUCUGAGCUGUGCUCUUUGA